CUAUAAUUUUAUCAAGGUCAACAAUAACUUUGCACAAUUUUCCUUGUCUGAAAAACGAUUUUGUUUAUUUUUUCUAUUCAAGUUUCUAUUAAAGAGGAAUGGCACAGUUACUAGUCACUAUUGCUUUGAACCAUUUUCCUUCUUUGAUGAAAGGAGGAGGCUUAGCAUCUAAAAUUGGUUCACGGAUUAAUGUGGAGUUGUGGACCACAUCUGUUUUGUCCUUCUUCAAACAAACUUCUCUAUGUGCUUAACGAUUGGUUCCUGUUGUGAACCAAUUCAGUACUUUCUUCAGCUGCCACCACCAAUACAGUUCUCCUCGCCACUGUAUUUCACUGUCUAACACCACUCCACCAGGCACCAGCAUAUACCCUUUUCUAUUUUUGUCAAAGUUAUGGUUUACAAUAUAAAUAGAUGUGAAUAAUUGAAUCAAACUCAAAUAAUGUAAACCAUUCCCUUUCCCUUCCCAUCCCCAGUUCUUCUUUCCCUUUUCCUUCCUCUUCUCCUUCCCCAAUCUGAGGCUUUUUCCCUUUUCCUUCGACUUCCCCUUCUCCAACCCAUCCCCAAUUCCCCUUUCACUUUCCCUUCUCCUUCUGAAAUUUUUCAUAUAAACCAAAUCACAGAUAAAAUAUUUUUAGCCUCUUCUACUUGCUAGGUUGAAAAGAUUAAGAAUAGCUGCAUGUGUUUUCUAUGGCAUCAAGUUAUUUACAAUCCAUCCUGUCACCACUUUUAAGUUUUUCUAAAUAGUAAAUAACCAAAAACGUCUGUGGUUUAAGUUUUUCUGUGAUUCAUGAGGAUCAUGUUCAUCUCCGAUCCUUCUUUCGGACGAAGCAGCCGCUACUCCCUCUCUCAGAUCUGGCUCACGGGAUCGGAGUCUCACUUUACUAACUUCUGCAAGGUAAAUGAAGAAGAAAGUUAUACAGACUUCAACCAUGGAUCUAUUGCGCUGUAUAUGGUAUAUACAACUUGCUACUCUUCUUGUUUCACCUCCAAUCCGCAAAACUACGGUAGCUGUAUGUGUCUUCAGAUAUUUGGUGUAUCUCAAGUCACUGUCAGUGAGGUUGAAGCACUUUUUGAGCUAUUUAAGAGCAUAAGCAGUUCGGUUGUUGAUGAUGAUCUAAUAAGCAAGGAAGAAUUUCAAUUGGCAAUCUUCAAGAAUAGGAGAAAGGAGAAUCUCUUUGCCAAUCGGAUCUUUGAUCUAUUUGAUGUUAAGAGGAAGGGAGUAAUUGAGUUUGAUGACUUUGUUCGAUCUGUCAAUGUCUUCCACCCAAAUGCACCACUGGAAGACAAGAUUGAUUUUUCAUUUAGGCUCUAUGAUUUGGACAGCACAGGCUUUGUAGAACGCCAAGAGGUCAAGCAAAUGUUGAAUCCGCUUCUCUGUGAAUCUGAAAUGACGCUAGCAGAUGAGGUGAUUGGUUUUUUUUUUUACUAAAUACAAAACGACGUCGUUUCAAGUCCUCCACAAUGGUAAGGAUGGAUAAAAAUUAUUUUAAGAGCUACUAUGAGUCUCAGAGGACAAUUUCUUUAAGGCUCGAAUGUAAGUUCAAGACUACUUUGAUAUUUAACUCUUAAAAAAAUAUAUAUUAUACAUUUAUAUUUCUUUUAAAUAAUAAAUAACAGGUCAUUAAGAUUAGGUAGGUCAUUGUUUCAACAAAUGUUUUUAGGUAUCAAAACUAAAGCUAUAAAUAUUGAUGCAUGAGUUUAUCAUUUCACUCACUUCAAGCACUGUUCUUUUUUUUGUAG